AUGGCCGCAUUAGCGUUAGGUAUGGUUCGUUUGACGUCAUUAGGCCAAUCCGCUUCCGUCAAGCUGCUUUCGGUGGCACCGAGACUGUACACAUCCGGCAAUGGAUUCAACCGAUACGUACACAGCACACUAUCGGCAGCAUGUCUGUACAGCAGAGGUCGGUACGCUACAAUAAGCCAACCCGUCCCAACAUGGUACACCAGUGUGCCAGUACGGUGCUUCACACGGGGUGACGCUUUGCGAUGGCAGCAAAAACCCACGAACGAACAGCAGCAGGAAAGCGACGAAUCUACGCCAACGUCCACACCCGUACCGGAGAAACUUGGCCUCUUUGCUCGGUUCAAGAAAAUGUACAAGGAGUACUGGUACGUGUUGGUGCCCGUCCACUGUCUCACAUCGGUUGUAUGGUUCGGUGGCUUCUAUUACGCCUCGACCAGUGGUGUCGAUGUGAUUGCAAUCCUUGAAUCGCUCGGUGUGUCCGAGACGCUGAUUAACCCGGUGCGGGAUUCCAGCCUGGGCCAUAUAGCUAUUGCGUACCUGCUGUAUAAAAUAGCAACUCCUGCUCGAUACACGGUCACCCUGGGCGGCACAACGAUUUCCAUCAAGUAUCUGGAACAGUGGGGCUACAUCAAACCGAUGCCUUCCAAGGCGCGGCUGGUGCAGAUGUACAAGGACAAGAAGGAAAACAUCCAGGAGAAGAUAGCGGAAAAGAAGCAAGACUUCAAGGACCGCACACAGCAGCUGACGGAAAAGAAGAACAACCUGAUGAGUGAUCUUAACAUCAAGGAUAAGGACGGCAAGGGAACCGCAACGACGGCGACGACCAGCAGCGUAAGCGACAACAAAUAG